AUGAACAAUUCCAAUUCGAAUUCCUUCGUCCACCAAACGUUCGGUUUAACAAACAAAACCUGCGUCGUGACCGGCGGGACGAAAGGCCUCGGCAAAGCGAUCUGCGACGCGUUCGGCGCGUGCAACGCUAAAAAUGUAAUCACGUGCUCGCGCACGGGAGUUGACAAAGACCACGCGUGGCCGCACGAAAACGUUUGCAAAUAUCAUCACUCGAUAAAAGACGUGAGCAAAGAACGAGAACGAGACUCGUUUUUAACGGAAAUCAAGGAAAAAUUCGGCAAAGCGGACGUGUUCGUCUCGAACGUCGGGUUUAACAUUCGGAAGAAAACUUCAGAUUUUACGCGCGAGGAGUAUCACUCUUUAAUGGGGACGAAUUUGGAAGCGAGUUUUGAUAUCGUACGGCAAGCGUAUAAGAAAGGUAUCAUCGGGAAAGGCACGUCGGUGAUUUUCAACUCGUCCGUCGCCGGAUUGACGAGUAUUCAAACGGGCGCGAUAUACGCGAUGUCGAAAGCGGCGUUGAACCAGUUGACGAAAAGUUUAGCCUGCGAGUGGGGGAGAGAAGGGAUUCGGGUGAACGCGAUUGCUCCGUGGUACAUAAACACCGAUUUGGCGAAACAGGUUUUGAAGAACGAAGAGUAUAAGAAGAGCGUGGUGAGACGAACGCCGAUGGGGAGAGUCGGCGAGCCGAGAGAGGUGGCCACGGCGACGGUGUUUUUAGCUUCGCAAGCGAGUUCGUACGUGACUGGACAGAUAUUAGCCAUCGACGGUGGUUUUUCCGUGUUCGGGUACGCUCCGCCGGAUGGAACCAGUCACAGCGAAAACGUCGUCUCCGGCGCAGUAGAAGCGAAAAAGAAACGACGAAAAGAUCCAAACGCGCCGAAACAGGUGAAAACGGCGUAUCUCUACUUCGCCGAGAAGGAAAGAAUGAAAAUCGUCCAACAAUCGCCAGAUAUGAGACCGCCGGACAUCAUGGCCGAACUCGGCGUCCGAUGGAAAGCGUUAUCGGAAAAGAAUAGAAAACCGUACGAGAAAAUCGCGGAAAAAGACAAACUCCGUCACGACGAGCAGAUGAAAUCGUACCAACCGUCGGAGGGAUACGAUAGAGACGGGUACGCGUUCCAAGCCGACGACUUUGAAAUCUACGACGACGAGCGGAAAAGAAAACGACCGAAGAAAGAAGCGGGCCAGCCGAAAAACGCCAGGUCCGCGUACGUUUACUUUUGCGAAGUCUCUCGCCCGUCCAUCGCGCCGAAGGGCACGCACCCGGCGGAAACCAUGAAACUCUUGGGCCGUAAGUGGCAAAGGCUCUCCGAAGAGGACCGAAAACCGUUCGAAGCGAAACACGAGAAGGACAAAGCCAGGUACGAGAUCGAAAUGAAAGAGUGGAGAGAAGGGAAGAGAACGAACAGUGUCACUACUACUACUAAUAAUAACAACAACAACAUAUACAUCGAGGAGUAG